ACGUAACAGAAAACUACACGAUUUAUUCUGCAGUUGGGGGAAAACACUGUAUUUGAUCAUGAACAGUCAUGGCAUGCAGACUGAGUCUGGUGAUGUGUGCGACUUUCUGCUGCUUGAUAUGUAGAUCGAUGUCCUAUUACUCUCAGAACACAACCCAGGAAGUCCAAGCUGAGGUUGGAGGACGAGUGCGUCUCCCCUGUAAUCACCGAAUCCAAGGAAAUGUUACAUUGAUCUACAUGCAGAGAACCCAUCCUCUUGCAUUUGUGAAUGGCUACCAUCACCGGAACGAUGUCAAGCAGAACAAGAUGUUCAUAAACCGCACUGUCUUGGGCCCCUCCAUGGCGUGGGUGGAUCUGUUGGAUGUGAGGGUGAAUGAUGAGGGAGUGUACCACUGUGUCCUCGUAGACGGAACCACAAUAACAAAAACUCUCACCCUGUAUCUGAAAGUAAGAGCCAACUACAGUGCUCCUGUGGUGACGGUUACUCACAGCAAUAAGAGUGUUUGUGGCGGGAGCUGUCUGGUGACCUGCUCCUCUUCAGGGGGCUAUCCCAACACAAAUGUGACAUGGACCUUCCAGCCCCAGACAGCCGGGACCCAGGGGAUGGAGCUGAGCAGGAUCAGUGAGCAGAACAAUGUCACGGGGCUUUACACCGUCUCCAGCAGCAUCUUCAUCAACUGCUCCCAACUGCUUAACAUAACGUGUACAGUAGGGGGCGUUGUGUCACAGCAAGAGGAAAUCUGUAACAUUUCUGCGAAUGACUCCUUCGACUGGGUUGUAAUCACUGCCACAGCGGUUACAGCCACCAUGUUCACCCUUGUUCUAGUAAUCCUGGUGAAGCGGCUGAAGGCCUGUCCAACCACUGACCCCCCAGAUGAAGAAACCGGAAUAGAGGGCAUUUCUCCAGGCACCCCCCUGGCGGGGGACAGAUGAGCACAGCGGACUCAAAAAGGAAGCUAAUGCCAAUACAGACAUGGGAUGAAAGAGGACUGCACUACACUCAUUCAUAUUUUAUCUGUCAUCUUUGUUCUUAGUCAUUUUCCUAAUGAAAUGCCAACCUCGACCAUGUCUGGACGUUAUCACAAAAAAGGAAACAGUUCUCUCCGUUGUUGUGGAAUGUACAUGAAUAUAGUAUCACUGACCCAUCAUAUUCUCGAUUCUGAUGUGACUCCUCAUAAUUGUGCCUUUCCCCUACAUGAUUGUUUCCUAUGGCAAACAUUACAGUAUUCUUAUGAUUUUUUACUAUACAUUUGGCUUUAGAUAGUUCCUCGCUACUGUCUUUAUAUCUUUAUACGAUUAAACAUCUGUAAAUUGUUGAUUUACCUUUCUCUUGCAAUUAUUUGUAUUUUUUAAAUUUAUUUAAUAAAAUUAAAUAAUUUAUGUAUAA